GGUACGGGAAAUAUAAACCAGCCGUCAAAGAUUUUCAAUUAUCGAACUCGAACAGUUUAUUUGAUUUACUGGUAUUGCUGUGGUACCUUUUGAGUGGUAUUUUGUUCAUAUAAGACUGUGAACUACAUUUCAUUAGAGGAAUAUCCGGAAAGUUGUUGGGUCGCUAUCCAAUUUAUUGAUCCAGAUUCUGAGCCUGCCUCAGUCAGUCGGUGCCUGCGAAAUGUUAGUUAAACAUCAUUAACUUGACCUUAAUAAUUCAUGAGCGGGUAGAUCUAUUGAGUGUAUUGAUAGCUACAGAUAUUGUAUUCAUAGAUUGGUGUUAAAGCAACGUUAUUGUAACAAUGUUUGAGUGGGCAUACGCUGGCGUAGACCAUACUCUACCUGGAAAUGGAGGUCAGGAGUGCGUUGACUUCAUUCCUCUUUGGCAGCGAGUGGCGGAGAGUGGACUUGCUUGUCUUUUUGCAGCAUGUUGUAUAAAAUACGCUUACAAACAUAUCACACUGCCAGACAAAAUACCACCUCUCGAAAACAAAGAUUUGUGUGGGAAAAGAAUAUUAUUAGUUUCAAUGUGUUUGACAUUUGGCAUCGAACUGGGAUUUAAAUUGGCAACACGUCAGUUUAUAUGGAUAUUUAACCCAUGUCAUGUGACCAGUAUGAUACAAAUAUACAUUCUAGCAGCGCCACCUGGGAAAAUGGUCACGGCAAUGUUCCGUCUACAUUUACAUAUGUUGACUGGUGCUCCAAUAGCUAUUCUCUUUCCAGUCAUAAAUACUAGACUUUUACCGUUUGAGACAGAGGUGUAUUUUGUACAGCAUAUAUUAAUGAUGAUAAUUCCAUACUACCUUAUGAAAAUUGGAGGUGUAUACACUCCGGAGAAGUUAUCCGACAUGAGUUGGACAUUACUUUCGUUAGGCUGGCUCUACUUCUUCCAUUUUGUUCCUCUCAACUAUCUAGCUGUGUUAUCCCAGGUUAACCUGAACAACAUGCUCUGUCCAGCGGUCUCGGAUCCCUUCUACGGUCGACUUUAUCGUAUUUGUGGAAUGAUACACCAGGUUUUGCUCAUACCACUGAUUGGAAAGUUUAUUGUAUGGACAUCAUUUAAAUUCAAGCUUACAAAACCAAAUGAUAGAUAUGAAGUGAAAGUUUUUGUGAAAGAAUCGGGUCAUAACUCUGAUAAUAUACCCAUAGAGGAAAGUGACACAACAAGCAAUAAAAGUGACUGUAAUGUGAAACAUAGAAAUGGAAUGUUAACAAGUCAUGUGACAGAAAAUAGAUCCAGGCAUGAGCAGUCAGACAAGGAGAAAAAUGGGUACUCGAAACAAAUGUAGGAAUUUACGUAAGAACUUUUCAGGAAUACUGACAGAAUCACCAUUGAUUGUAAUCUACGGAAGAAUUUACAAAUGAAUUACAUUGUAAAUUUCUUGUGUUAAUUUAUUCACAAAGGUAACAAUGCAGGGCUCCAGAUAAGAUGCGUAUUAGCGUAAAUUAUGCUUUGAAAUAAUGCAUAUACAUAUGUCUGAUAAUUUUUAAGCGUACAAAAACGUAUAAGAAAAUACAGAAACGCCCACAAUAACUUUUUACCAGCGUAAAUAAAAUCUGAAUCAUCUAAAUGCUUUAUGUAACAGAGCACGGUCGGGAUUAAA